AAUUAUUGUUCAGUUGUAAACUAAGAGCUUUUCAGUUGUUUCAUCGUAAAGCUUAUCAGUAGCAGUAGAUUAGAACAGCUUGGAAAUUUAGUCCGAUUAGUGCAGUCAUGGCAGCUUGGCUCACGUCUGAAUACCUGGAAGAUGCACUGCGUCAGCAUUACCAGAAGCCCCAACUUCGAGUGGAAUCUGUGGAUAUUAAGUCAGCCCUGGGAAAAGGUGAAAACUAUGGCGCCGUAUUAACACGUAUACGCAUCGUGUUCAUCAUUGGCCUGGACGGCCAAGUUGAAGAGCACUUGAUUGCCAAGACCGCUUUGGAAGAUGAAGAUGCAGAGACCAGGCGUAAGAAAGCUCCGUACGAUAUUUACAACCGGGAACUAGAGAUUUACGGACAGGUUUUGCCCAAAUUACAAAGAUUAGCAGGCGAACAGCUGUGCCCAAAGGUAGUACACAUUGAUCGCCAGCGCGGGGCAUUAAUAAUGGAGGAUUUGAGCCAUAAAGGAUUUGUGAUGGCCCCACGGCUCCAGAGAUUGGAUGAACAGCAUGUAAGUUUGGUUCUAAGAAAGCUGGCCAAAAUGCAGGCGGCUUCAGCGGUUUUGGAGGAAAGUUCAAAGAGUAUUGAGUUUUCCCUUGCCAAAUACGAUCGUGGCUUUUUCAAUCGCUAUACGGAAAGUUUUAGUGUCUACUUUUUGGGCUGCCUGAUGUCCUGUGCCAGUUACCUGAAAACUCAGCCUAGCUACGAAGGCCAGUCGAAACUAUUAGAGGAUCUGGCCCCCCAUUAUAUGGGACUGGGACUUCGCUGUUUUCAGCCCGAGGACUCGCAUAUUAAUGUCCUGACGCACGGCGACUUGUGGACAAACAACAUGAUGUUCAGAUACGAGGAGGGCGUGCCUAGCGAUGUCUUUCUGAUUGACUUCCAGUACGCAUUCUGGGGCUCGCCCACGCUGGACAUCCAUCAUCUGCUCAACACGUCGGCCGUAGAGCAAGUGCGAAACGAGCUUCAAAUGAAAAUGAGAUGUGUCUACCACGAUGUGUUUGUGGGGGAGCUGCGGAGGCUGGGAUUCAAGGGUCAAAGAUUGCCCAGUCGAAAGCAGUUUCACCUGGAGUCCGAGCAGAAGCGCUUCUAUGCUGUUCACUGUGGAUUGCUGCUACAACCUGUGCUGCUGAAUACCGAUGAAACGGAUGCGGAUUUCGCGGCCCUGCUUUCGCAUCAGCCUCGUGGAAUGAACAUGAAGAGGCGUCUGUAUCUCAAUCCUGACAUACAGGACUCCAUCAGGCAGCUGGUGGUGCAGUUCGAGCUCGAAGGACUCCUGGACCCGCGGCAGUACGAGGCACUGUAAGUCUGGACGUAGCGAACUUUUCUGCUCUUUCAUAAGCUGCCCCCCCAUUAGACAUUUCAAUUAGACGAGCUAAUAAACAUAAAACAUGGCAGCCACAGCCGCAGGCAUUUUAGAGCCAGCCGUCAGAAGCUUUUUGAAUUAUGAACCGAGUUGGGAAAAAAAAAAAAAUGCCAAAACGAAAACACAUUCAGUUGGCCUAGACAAAAGCGCAACACAUUUGGCUGCUGCGCAAUGGGGAGAAAUGGAGAGACGGAGGCAGCAAAUGGAGGGGCGAGAAUAGUUACACACAUUUUUUGAAUUGUUUAGCAUUUUGAAUGAGUGAAUGAAUGGACGCCAUGCCGAGCUGUGAGUGCGUGUCUGCCGCAGAAAAUGAAAAUUAAAAGAAAAUGAGAAAUGGAAAAGUGAGACCCGCUGACAAUGGGGAAUCCUGCACGUGGCCGCAGCUUAAUUAAAACUUUGGUGCGAAAUGCCAUCCAAGCUGUUGGAAAAUUAACCAAAUUAUCACGUUCCUGCAGCUGGCAAUGCAGCAUUCAAAAUUGCAUUAAAGCCGAGUGCAAUUAGGCUAAGUUGCGCCGUUUAGCCCGAUCUGCGCCUAAAACUAGGCAACAUUUUUAGAGGGUAAAGGAAACACAACCGAACUUCCAUAAUUUGAACAACUAUCUGCCAUUGAGAAAAUUAAUGUCUGUUUGCCACAUUACUACCUAUUGUCACAAAAAUCAGAACUUUGAAAGCUGUUUAUAUACACUGUACAUUAUAUGACCUACCAUAAAAAAUGCUUUUAAAUAAUAAAAAUCAAUAAAAACUAAUGUUUUUGUAAGAGUAAAUUACCUUUGUUAAAUUAAAACCCAAUGUCAUGAAAAUUAAAGUUAAGAGAAUUAAAUUAUGGCAGACAAGAGGUUCUUUACAUAAACAUUUCACUGUAGUAAUGCACAGAAAGAUCCUAAAAAGAAGACUACAAAAUAACGAGAGCUGAUUCGGCGCCAUAACACUUCGAAAAUUCCAACUAAGCCUAAUGCAUGCCAUUUAACGAUUGCCUUUGUGUGCAUAUUUGCGAGUGUGAGUGAGGUUGUGCGAAUGUGUGUGUGUACCUGCUUGUUUAUGUGUUUUUCCUAUCUCACUGGCAGGCAUCCUGAGUUCGACAGAAAUGUUGCCCGUAAAAAGCAGCCCAAUCCCCCAUUUUAAUUCCCGCUGCCAUCGUCGUCCUUUUAUUCUCUCUCUGUGAGUUCUUCUUUACUUUGUUUAUGUGCCCGUACAAUGUGUCUCUUCCAGCAUCAGCUAUUCUUUUAAAUAUUAAUAUAGACUGGGUGCCUUUUCUGCUUAACAAAUGUUCAGCAAAUAUUAAAAACCAUGCCUUUCCUUUAAAAAUUAAAUCUUUA